CUCUCCAUCUUGCCUAUUAAAAAUUAGGUGACUCCCGCUUAAUCCAACCAUCUUUAUCACUGGUUCCAUAUUUUCAUCUAUUUAGACAUUGAUCUUCAUCAUAGUCAUAGAGAUACAGAUACUAUACAUCAAAGACAAGAUCAGCAUACAUAGAUAUAGUUUCAUCUUUCUUGAUUCUUUCCUUGAAAAUAUAAAAUCAAGCCAGAAAAUGAGUGCCGGGAAGCCACAUGCAGUCUGUGUUCCGUUCUCGGCGCAAGGCCACGUAAGCCCUUUUAUGCAACUGGUCAAACUCCUCCAUUGGAAGGGUUUCAACAUAACCAUGGUGGACACGGCGUCGUAUCACAUGCGCCUCGUCCGGUCCUUAGGACCCGACUUCGCAAAAGCCUUGCGGGGUUUUCGGGUAGAGACGAUACCCGACGGGCUUCCUCGGUCGGGUCGGGACGUGAACCCGGACGUGACGGAGCUGUGUGAGGCGAUGAGGAAGAACUGCUCGAAGCCGUUCAAGGAGCUGGUGAAGAGGAUGCAGAAGGAAGGAGGAGGAUUCGGUGCGGUGAGGUGCAUCAUAGCAGAUGGGGUGAUGAGCUUUGCGAUCGAAGUUGCGGAAGAAUUAGGAAUACCAGAAGUUCAGUUUUGGACUGCCUCUGCUUGUGGCUUCAUGGCCUAUCUCCAAUUCGAUGCUCCUAUUCACAGAGGCAUUGUUCCUUUCAGAGACCCUGAAUCCAUUACCGAAAGCGCACUGGACUUGCCUGUAGAUUGGAUUCCUGGGAUGACAAACAUGAGACUCAAGGACAUGCCAAGUUUUAUCAGAACCACCGACAUUAACGAGACAAUGUUCGACUUCCUACGAGCAGAAACACAAAACUGCUUGAAAUCUCCUUCAAUCAUCAUCAACACUUUCCACGACCUGGAAUCUCAAGUCCUCGAAGCUAUCAGAGCCAAGUUUCGUCCCGACAUAUACACCAUCGGCCCUCUUCCAUUGUUACUCAGACAUGUUCCUGAAAACCACCUGACCUCCAUACGACCAAACUUGAGGAAAGAAGACUCGGAGUGUCUGAACUGGCUUGAGAAAUGGGAACCCGGUUCGGUGUUGUACGUAAAUUAUGGAAGUUGGACCGUCAUGUCAGAGAAUCACUUGAAGGAAUUUGCUUGGGGCUUAGCAAACAGCAAGCGUCCAUUUUUGUGGAUAAUAAGGUCUGAUGUGCUGAUGGGUGAAUCAGCGAUUUUGCCGAAGCAGUUCUGUGAUGAGAUUAAGGAAAGAGGUUACAUCACAAGCUGGUGUCGUCAGGAGAAGGUUCUUACUCAUCCAUCAAUUGGACUGUUCUUGACGCAUUGUGGAUGGAACUCGAUGACGGAAGCUUUAUGUGGAGGCGUUCCUAUGAUUUGCUGGCCAUUUUUUGCUGAGCAACAGACAAAUUGCAGAUAUGCUUGUACACAUUGGAAGAUAGGAAUGGAGGUGAAGGAAGAUGUGAAAAGGGAGGAAGUUGCAGGGCUGGUGAGGGAGAUGAUGGAGGGAGUGAAAGGAAGGGAAGCGAAGGAGAGAGCAGUGGAGUGGAGGAAGAAGGCAAUGGAAGCUACUGAUACUGGAGGAUCUUCCUUUCAUGAUUUCAAUACCUUCAUCAAAAAGGCUCUUCUUCAUUGUUGAUGAGCUUUAGUUUUGGCAUGUAUGUCCAGAAUCUUUCUUGUGUUAACGAGAAGGCUAGGCUCUAAUAUAGAGUUUCCUAAUUAAAGCUGUAAUGGUCCAAAAACUGAUAAACUCUAUUGCUGUUAUAGUUUUGUCCUUUUGCAUUGUUCAUGGUUUUCUCCUUUGCUAAGGAAAUUUAAACGAAAGUUGAGUAUGAAUUAUUUAAUUUUGUUGUGUUUGGCUUA